GCAAUUUUUACAAAGUUAAAAACCGCUUGGGUACCGAAGCGUCCUCUGGCGUUGUGUUGUUUACUACUCUGUGUUCGCCGGUUUGGCUUUGGUUUUCCCUUUUUCCAACUGAGUAAUUGUUCGAAAUAAUUCCGAGAUACUAUUUAAAAUGUCAAGUGAAGUGGCUGAGGUUGUGACCGAAAACAAUCAGCAUGAUGCUGCUGAGGCCAAAGGAAAAAAGGGUUUAGUGAAGAAACUGUCUGCUCUGGAACGGACCACCCAAGAAGGUGAAGCACUGCUCAAAGAAAUGGGAUACAAGGAAGAUGGAGAAGAUCAAGGUAGACGGAGAACAAGGUCGGGAGCAAAAGUAGUCCCUGCAGCGUCCCCACCCCCAGCCAAGAAAGAGAAGAAAACUCCAAAAAAGACACCUAAAUCUCCUUCAGCUGGUACUGGUCGCAGAGGGAGGCCCCCAAAGAAAAGUGUCAAUGACAGCUCAACAGAAAAUGAAGAAUCUGAAAUGAAGGAUGAGGAAAGAACAGAGGUAAGCACAGAAGAAGCCAAAGAUGACACAAAGCCAAUUGAGGAAGCAGCCAACGAAGAAAAAGAAAAACAAGAAACAGAGAAGCAAGAAACAGAGGAAAACAACAAGAAAGAAAACAACGAUGCCGCUACCACUAGUGAGCCGAUCAAAGAGAAAGAAGACAGCUCAGAACCGAAAGAAGAGAGUAAAGCCUCAGAAUAAAAAAACAAACAAACAAACAAAAACGUUAAAUGUAACUGCCAAAACCUCUCCUAUAAUCCUGAUCACCCUAACCCCUUUUUUUAAACAAAAGUAUAUUGCGUUCUAAGCAACAAAAAAAUACGAAAAGAAAAAAAGAAAUAAUAAUAAGUACGGUAAUCGUUUGAAUGUUUGAAGCAAAUACGGAAGCAGAUUUGGAGUAGUAAUUUGUGUUUCUCUUUUUAGUUUAUUAUAUAUUUUUUUUCGUUUGGGGUUUUGUUUGUUUUAGUCUCUUCUUCUUGAUUAUUUUUUAUUAUUAUUAUUUUUUUAUUUUUUUUUUUCAUUUUACUUUCCCAAUUGUGCCACAUUUUUCCGGCUUAGGGGUAAGUUUAGGAGCGUUUUCUUAUUCUUUUGGAGAAUAUUGGGAUGAAUGUAAUUCUGAGAGUGCAAAAGUUGCCAUUGCAAUGCAUCUUGCGUUGUUUUACCUAGAGCUCCCCUUCAUUUAACGCCAAUUUGUUAUCAUCAGCUCACAAUUUCAUCCCUGGACCAACGGAUUUGUAUUUCUUUCCUUACAAUACUGUUCAUCCUGCACCGUCGCUACAUGUCUACUACUCCCCAAUGAAUGCGAAUACUGUUUGUCGUAGUAGGCCGUAACCGUUUUUUUUUUUCCACAUUUUCUUUUUGAAUCAAUCGCAUUUGAUUUUAUUCGUGUGACUUGCGUUUUCUUUUUACUUUUUUGUUUUUUUUUAUUAUGCGGGCGAACAUUUGUUUGUUUUUUGCAAAACACAAAUACAAAAAUAAGCAGUUUUUCAUUGCACUGGAUGCCUUCGUGUGUGGUAGUUUUUGGCUUUAAGGAGGUCUGGAAGUCUAAAAAUAAAACACGCUCUUAUACAAAUCCGAGCUGCCGUCCAAGAGGCAGUCUUAAUACAUCUUAGUCUUGCUGCGGAAGUUGUUUUACGUCUGUCCUUUAUUACCUACUGGUGAGUUAAACUUAGUUAUUGUUCAUGGAAUCAUCCAUAAGUUAUUGUACCAUCCGCUUUGUGUUCUCUGGAAAAUGAUGAGAAAUAAUAAAGUUGAGAGUAGAUCGAGUUCGCUCGCUGAUGCGUUGUUACGAAAACAAAAUGUCAAGCUUCAACAGUCUGAGCCACGAGUUCCGAGACGGAAGGAAUAUCCAUCUGAUUCCCCACCGGAUGGCUACUGAAUAUCUAAUGAUCUUUUUUCUUUUUCUGUUUCCUUCCUCAUUUGCCCAGGACCCCAGGCACUUGGAUUGAUGUCCCGGCUUGAAAGUUUUUGAAAAUGCAACACAAUACACAAUACGUUUUAUAUUA